AUGCCCAAAUAUGAGAAGAGUAUUGUCAUCAACGCAACAGACCGGGCGAUGCAUGAAAGCGUAUGCCUCGAUAUCCUUGCUUCUGCACCCUCGGUCCUCGAGUCGGCAGUCAAAGGCGACCUUGUGUCCAGGAUGCAGAUUGAUUCUAGUCUGCAACAAGAACAUGUUGCGAUUUGUGAAAGAGCGCGGAAGCGACCAUCCAUAUACAUACACCUGUUAGCUGACCGCGACGGUAACGCGCCGACGCCUAAUCAACUUCUCACAAUCUGCGACAUCGUGAUCGACUACUUAUCUCAGGGUAAAGUUUCAGAGCAUGCAUGGCACAUAGAUAAGAUUUCUCGCCCGUUAGUGACACAGCACCAGUCUACAAAGGGCUAUCGUAAGUAUCUUCACAGAACUAGUCGCUCAGAGAAGCGUGUCAAAACUCUAGAGCUCUUCUGCCAGGGCAUUCGGAAGCGUUGUGACGAGACGCCAGUAUCAUCACGCGACACUCCCCUCAAGUACCCUCCUAGUGAAUGCGGGUAUUCGAUCAACUCACCUAAGCGUCUGGCAAAGCACCGCGCACGCCAAUCAUCCAAUUAUGUCAUGAAUCUCGUCGAGGACAUCUGUAAAUACCUCUACGACAUCGGGACAUUCGCACAACAGUUUACCAUGCACCAGUUCAUCAUCUACCUUAUCUUCCGACAAGAACAAGCGAGUAUAGCGGAGAUCUUCAUAUCUGGACUACUCCAAGUCUGGGUCAAGGAUGGCGGCGGCUUCAACGCAUAUCUCGCUGGGCACAGUACAGCAAGCGCUGGGAAAGUUACCGACGCGGAAUGGGCUUUACAUGAGAUAAACACUAAGCUCGAAUCUCCCAUGAUGGAAGAUAUAAGGCAGCAGCAGCUCAGACCGGACGAGCGGCAGCGAGCGCUGGCGCUGGCUGAUGCCAAAGCUUUGGACGAGAACCUGGAAGGUGGUUCUACAGAAGAAGCAGAGUGCAUAUCUAUUCAACAACCGCGAUCAGAUAGAGCCGCUCUCCUUAAGAAUCGUUGCACCAUCCCCAAACACCUCCAUAUCUUCGUCGCUCGACCAAACGUGCACGGCAUAUCUUCAUCGCACCAGUUCAACUACGACGCGCUCAACAGGUCGACAAUCGAAGCACAUUUCCAGCGAAACGUUGCAUCCAGCUUUAUCUCUUUAUACGAAAGCAAAAGAACCGCCUCAAGAGAGCGCCCUCAUGUUGUGAAAGUCAGAGAAGAAACCCCUUCGCACGAAGCUAUCGUAGUAGACGUAGAUACAAGCGGGAUGGCACCUGCCUGGAUGAGCAUGGGAAAUGGUGUGCACAUCCCGGUCUGGUUUGAGGAAGACAUCCAGGAGCCGAAAGAAGGUCACCACGCAGAGGUGUUGUGGUUUUGCCUCGAGGAGGUGAAGAAAGUGCUUUUAAUGGACGUCAAUCUGGGAGAGAAGGGUGAAUGGCUUGCUUGCGGUUACAUCCCCCAAAGUAGGGUGAUUGCACACAGCGCAUCAUCGAAUUCAGAACCUCUGCAAAUGGUAUUAAAUGACGAAGGGAAGUAUGAGGCUGAUAGACAAGCACGCUGCGAGCGCAUUCGCUUUGAGAACGAAAGCCUUCAACUUAACCAGAAACGGCUUGAGCAUAUAGCCGAGAAGGCACAGUCCUCUUGUUCCGUCAAGGCCCCUCCUUCUAUUCCGACUCGGAAGAGCUCCAUAGGCUCACUGGCCUGUAAAGACAUCAGCAAGCGCAGGAAGGAAGUCAGUGCAGGUUCCAAAAUAAGCUGCAAAACACGCAAUGUGCGAAUUACUGUAACAAACGCAGACCCACAUAGCGCAGCGUCGCUCAUGAAAUAUGCCAUAUUGAUGGCGCAUGGAAGGAAGACGGAGGGUGAAGAGACAUGGCAUGCAGAGACGGCAUCAUCGGCUGGAGAGUCAAAUCGAUCAGAAAGCAUACUGACUAUCGAGAAUGAGGUACCUAAUGAGAAACGAAGCGGCUUUACAACCCAUCAUAAUGGAACUCCCAUGACACCGCCAGCUUCGCCAAAGGGACGGUCUAGACAGCUGGAUGCGCUUGAUAGGAGACGCCACGAAAAUGGAAAGGAUCUAACGCUACGUCACGAACUUGCUCAGCGUGACGAUGAACAGUGUCUGCAGGAAGAGACAAGGAGUCUACGUCGAUCCGCCGCUCCAUCGCCCUCUCAUUCGAUGUUGAAGUCCCAUCAGGAAAGAGGUAAUGCAGCUUCGUUUCAGGAUCGUCGUUCGCGCCGCGACUUGCUCAUUGAGCUACAAUCAGACCAAGACUCCGUACUUCGCGAGUACGCGCAAGUCAGCCUACAAGAUCCCAUCAUCCUCCAACAAGUACAUGACCACUCUCGUCGUGGUAGUACCGGCUACGAUGUAGAAAGUCGAACACACAAUCAGGACGAUAGCCAAUCCCCCAUCUCCCUCAGCAACCAUCUCACGGCCUCAACACCAGCUUUUCUGGUACCAGUCCAUUACCCACGCUCCAACCAUGACACCCAGAACAAAGGUCGUAAGCCGCCUCGGGUCGAACCACCAGCUCCAUCUUCCCACUCCACCACGACCAGUCUCUCUUCCCUCUCGGAUUCCGAGCAUGCUUCCAUUGGAAGAGCCGUUUACGCCUCCGUCGAACCCGCCUCCCAUAUCAACAAAGUCGACAAUAUUCAGAGCGGUCAGAAGUCAGAACCUGGCUUGAAAUCAGACUCGUCUGACAGGCAAUGGAGUGUUCAAAGUAGUCCCGCACCCCGAUUUCUGGAACCACAAGCAGACGCGGUACUAGAGCCUUUCCCAGCUCUCAAUCCGUGGGCACAACCGGAACAACCAAGGGGAGAAGAGAAUAUGCCUCCACAAACAAUGCCGGCUCCAACCGUCUUUCCUGCAGUGUCUGCUCCGACCCCAACGCCAGCACCAGUGCCUUCAAAAGGCGAGGCUUUUCUGGCCAGAGCGAAAUGCCUAGGCGAGAAGGGCAGAGAAAUAACGAGUCGAAUAGCAGAGAUCAAGGAACGUCAAUAUAAAUCCGAGGCGAAGAAGGACAAGUGGGGGUUGAGUAAGUGGAGAUCAGGCGAGAAGAGGAAGGAUGGAAAUAAGCGGUUAGGUGACCAAAAUGAAUAA